AUGAAUUCUGACUCCAGCUCCGUCUCCAGCCGAGCUUCCUCUCCGGACAUGGAAGAGGUGUACCUGAGGGACCACCACCACCACCACCACCACCACCACCACUCGGUGUCUUCCACCCAGAACGAAGUGGGGCAGAAGGGCUCGGGCGAAAGCCUCUCCCGAAGCGGCGCCAAAGGCUCGGCGGGCGAGAGCAGCAAGUACAAGAUCAAGAAGCAGCUCUCGGAGCAGGACCUCCAGCAGCUGCGGCUGAAGAUCAACGGGCGGGAGCGGAAGCGCAUGCACGACCUCAACCUGGCCAUGGACGGGCUCCGCGAGGUGAUGCCCUACGCCCACGGGCCGUCGGUGCGGAAGCUCUCCAAGAUCGCCACGCUCCUCCUGGCCCGCAACUAUAUCCUGAUGCUCACCAGCUCGCUGGAAGAGAUGAAGAGGCUGGUGGGAGAGAUUUACGGCGGCCACCACGCGGCCUUCCACUGCGGGACUGUGGCUCACGCCGCCGGCCACCCGGCCCACGCCGCCGGCGCCGUCCACCCCAUCCUGGGCGCCGCCCUGGCGCCUCCCAGCAGCGCUUCCCUGCCCGGGCUCGGCGCGCUCCGGCCGCCCCAUUCCUUGCUCAAGACGCCGCCCGCCCCGCCCGCCCUUCAGCUCACCGGAGGAGGCGGCGGCGGCGGCGGCGGGGGCUUCCAGCACUGGGCCGGCCUGCCUUGUCCCUGCAGCAUCUGCCAGGUGCCCCCGCCCCCGCAUCUGGCCUCCCUGCCCACCCCCACGGCCGGCCUGGCUCGCCUCUCCACGGAAGCCAAGGACUUGCUGAAGUGA